AUGCUUAGAGGCCUUAAAACAUCAUGGAAACAGAUUGUUGCCAAUGAAUUAACAGGGCCUUCAACAUCAGGUUCUGACAUGAAAGAUCUAAUUCAUAGAACUGUAGUAGCAGCUACAGAAAUAGGUUUAACUGUAAGAGCCUCUGUUUCAGAUAUGGGAAGCAAUAACAGAGCAAUGUGGUCGUCAUUGGAUGUAUCUGUCUCUAGGAGAGAUAGGAAGACAAAUUACAAUAUUGGAGGACCUGAUGUUUUCAUUCACAGUAUUGCAGAUGUACCACAUCUCAUUAAAAAUAUGAGAAAUACAUUUCUUUCAAGUAUUAUAAUAUUACCAGAGGAAUUUCGCCAGCAGCAUGCCUUGCCAUCGAGGAUAGUAUCUUCAGUGUAUGUGAAACGACUCUGGUCAAGUGAGAUAGAAUCAGAUGCUGCCCUGAGAUCUCUACAUCACUUGAACAGAGUUAUUUUACACCAAGUUGCAAAAGAAGCAUUAACUUCUGCAUGGUGGCUGAGACUUGUAGCAGAAUGGUUUACAAUUAUGACUGCAAGGCAUCCAAAAAAAGGCAUCACUAUCAAAAAUCAAGAUGAGAAAUUUAAUAUUUUAUUGAAAUUCAUUCAUGUGACUGAAACUGUUCAGUUUGGGAAAAAAAAGAAUUUUUCCGAGGGGUUUACAUUUUUCUUACCAGGCAGGUUGACACAAGAUGCGCUGGAAAAUGCCUUUUCACAGAUUAGACGAAAGUCGGGUGCAAAGCCUACUGCUUUGCAAGCCAAGAGAGCACUGAAAUUAGUGUGCCUAUCACAGUUCAUUUCAGAUAUCAAUAAUCCAAAUUAUUGUUCUGAAAGUGACCACAGCCUCUUUGAUGCUUCUGAAUUAGAGGUUGCUAUCAGAAAGGAGGUCUUGCAUCCUAUCUCCAAUUCUGUAGUGCCAUCUACCUCUUCUGCAGUGGCAGUGAAACGUCGCUUGCCCCCAGCUGUGGAAGAAAAUGAUAUACAUUACAUCGCAGGAGCCAUAUAUAAUAAGUUGUUGAAAAAAAAAAGCAUAUGUGAAAAUUGUAAAACAGCUAUGACCAUUUCAGAGGACAUGCUGGAACCUGACAUACCCGAGCAUCGCACAAUUCUUACAAAACAUAGCAAUAAAGGUGGACUGAAGGUCAUCUCUUCAGGAAUGUAUCGAAUAUGUAGGGAAGCUGAACGAGAAUUUCAAAAAUGUAAAGAUGUACUCCUUCGUUUACAAUCAGCCAUCACAAAAGAAUUAGUUGAAAGAAUAAUUGAUAAAUGUACGCAUGUGGCCAUGCCAGAAUGCUGUAAUCUUAAGAAAGUAAUUAUUGAUAAUUUUUUUAUUACUAGAUGCAAAGGCCUUACACAGCAUCUUAUCAACAAAAGAGCCCAUAACGUUUCAUAUUCAUCAGCAUCGGCCAAUAAGAAACAAAAAGUAAAAUAAUUUUAGAAGGUAUGUAUGUUUUAUAUUAAAUAAUUUAUGUGUUUUAUGUAAUAUGUAUUACUUUUUCCUAGGCUACGAGUAUAUAAAUUUCUGUGUUUGA